AUGUCUCAUCUUCCAGAGCACUUGUUCGGUAUUAUCCCUGAAGCAUUGCGGAAUCCCCGCGUUGUUGAUCCAGAGCCGUUAAGUAUCCGCGAGUGGAAUCCCGCAACCGAAUCGAUCACCCAAUGGAUCAAGGGAGUCCACACAACCACCGAUGGAAUGACUUCAUUGCAAUUAUCUAUUUAUCUCGGCCACACGGCCGAAGCCACGUCCAAGCACGAGAAACGCGUGACUUCGAUUAGACAAGCAUUCCAAGACCCUCUGGAUCCCGAUGCGUUUUUUGUACACAAAGGUUAUCAAGGGGCCUUUGCCGAGAUCCUCAAAUAUAUAGGAAGGCUCCUUCCAGAAGAACAAGAACAUGAAUUUAUUGCCACGAUCGUUCGGUCGCUCAACAAGAGGUUGGAUAUGGCGUUUGAGGAAGCCGAAGCCCGCGUAAUGAACAGUUUUUAUCAGAAGGUGAAGAUCAAACGUACUCUUCUUGGGAUGAACAACUAG